AUGACCGUCAUCUACCUAGAAUUUCCUGAAAGCCCUGUCUCCCAGGAUACCAUCCUCGUCGUCACUCAAAUCCUUCAGGCAAUCAACCCUGGCCUGUGCGAGUCGGAGCGUACCCACGACAGCAUUACCUUUACGUCGACUGAUUCUGACGUCGAGGUCUACGGUGGGAUCUUCCAAUUCUGGGCGAAUUCCGAGCCUCCACUGAUCUGUGCCUGGCGAGUAUCGGGAAGCUAUUAG